CAAGGGGGUGUACUGCCGCGAGCACGCGGGGGCCUGCUGCAGGGAGGGUACGACGAUGGCUGCUGCCUAGAGAGGGGCGGUGCCCCCUCCCCACGGAGGGACCCCCUCUCUCCCACGCCCGGAGUGGGCAUCAUGGCUGGCAGGAAGCAGGAGCUGAAGAGAAGCGUUUCCAUCAUCCCCUGCUUUGUGUGUGUGGAGCUGGUGAUCAUGGCGGGCACGGUGCUGCUGGCGUAUCACUUCGAAUACACUGACACCUUCCCCGUCCACAUCCAGGGCUUCUUCUGCCACGACAGCGCCUACGCCAAGCCCUACCCGGGGCCCGAGGACGCCAGCCGCGCCCCACCCGUCCUGGUCUACGCGCUGGUCACUGCUGUGCCCACGGCCAUGGUCACCUGCGUGGUCAAUAACUUUCAGAGCAAGGCGCCCGCGGCCCAGAAGCCGGCGCCAGCCGAGAGCCUGGCCAGCGUCCCCGGCGUGGGGCUGCCCUGCGUCGAGAGCCCCCUGGAGAAGUUCAGCGUAGCCCAGCGGGUCAGGGACCCCCCAGAAGAGCAGGAUUUCUCCACGCUGCUCACCCGAGGCCUGGAGAGGCAGCUAGCUCGCUCCCUCCGCGCAGGGGGCCACGCUGGGGCGGCUCGGCCCUACGAGUAAGUGCCACCCCCCACGCCCUGCUGGAGACCUGCCGAGGGAACGCUCCCUCCCCCCACC